CCCAUUUAAUGAUGUUGUACCUCCAUCUUUCAACUAGCAAGUAGUAUACUUUUCUGGAAUGCCAGGGCAUCUAUAUUGACAUCGCAGAAUAAAUGGAUUUUGAGACAAAAGGAUCAUAUAUUUGCUUGGUGAAUUUGUUAUUAUUUGACCGCAGUUUAUCCUCGGAAAAUUUAGCGUCAAGAAAAGCAAACUUGUACGCAAGCAGCACAAUUUUCCUUGAUAAUGGCAAUUUGAACUGCUCUUUUGACUUUUCACCGAGUUUUUUCUUCUUUCAUUGUGCAGUAGCGAUGGGUCAUCAGCUAGAAACAACACAAAGUUGGAAAAACAAGGCGUUACCUCCAACCAAAACCAAUCCGACCCCACGCGCCAUCCAGAGCAUGGAUCCAGGCAUCGACGAAGACGAAGACAACGCUGAUAACGACGAAGAAGAAGCAGUAGAUUUUACCGAUUCCAUUAAUCCUCGAACUAUGAUCAACCAUGAAUAUCGACAACGAACCGAACCGCAUCAAGUGGGCCAAUGGUACUUUGACGAGUUCUCGGGUCUAUAUCGCCAUAUUGCACCCGACAAUGCAAAUCAUUUCCUUGAGGAUACCGCCGCCAAUAUACGGCAAUCAACAUCAACCGCAUCACAUUCGCCUCUUACAUCCCAGCAUCGCGUGGGGUCUUCCAUGGCAACUGGUUCCACGUCCACGUUUGACGACCGAUACAAGCGGUCAUGGGUCAUACCUAAAACCAUUGAAGAAAUAUAUGCCUUGCGAAAGAAAGCGAGGAAGACCGGCGAUCGUUGGGCCCAGCUGGAACUCUGCUAUGGGCUCAUGCAAGCCGGAUGGCUGAUCUCACCCUCAUCCCAAGACGAUCAAUUGCUCCGAAAGAAAGACAAGAAAAAACUCGAUGCCAACGAACUGAUGCUGGUGGAAGCCCAACGCACAUUGAAACGGUUAGCUACGGUGGGUCAAGGCAUAGGCAAGACCGCAGACAGUGAAGCCCAGUACCUGCUAGCCAACUGCUACGGAAUGGGAGCCCUCGGUCUGCCAAUCGACCACGAACGCGCCUUCUUGUGGUACGUCCAGGCUUCGAAACAAAAUCAUCACGAUGCGACCUACAGAACCGCUGUAUGCCACGAACUCGGCAUCGGCACACGCAAAGAUAACAAUCGUGCCAUGAUUUUUUAUCGCAAAGGAGCCCAUUUGACCCAUGUCCCCAGCAUGUACAAACUGGGUAUGAUCUUAUUGCGGGGUUACUGUGGACAGACGCCGCAAAGACGCGAAGCUGUGAGCUGGCUCCAGAGGGCCGCCUCGGUCGCUUCCUCGGAUAAUCCACACGCCUUGCAUGCUAUGGCGAUGAUCCAAUUGAACGGCGAAUGCAACGACUCCAACUUUAUUGCCGACCCGGCCUAUGCCGUGGAACUGCUUCAUGAAGCCGCAACGUUGGGGUAUGCGCCGAGUCAAGUCAAGUUAGGAGAAUUGUACGAACACGGCGAACUUGUGGAAGUGGAUGACAGUUUAUCAAUAUACUGGUACACGCGUGCUGCGCAGCAAGCGAGUGCGGAAGCAGCAUUGGCGCUUUCGGGAUGGUAUCUGACGGGAUCGCCGGACGUACUGCAACAAUCCGACAGAGAAGCGUAUUUGUGGGCACGACGAGCUGCGAGUAUUUCUGGUGCUGAGCGAUGGACAUUGGCCAAAGCAUUCUAUACUGUCGGUUUCUACAUCGAGAAGGGAAUCGGCACCGACCAGAAUAUCGACAAAGCCAAACUGUGGUAUAAAGAAGCCGCCAACAUGGGCCAUCGAAGUGCAGCGACGCAACUAGAGCAACUGCAAAAACUAGAAGGACAAGAUCCGCCUCCAGAAACAAGACAGCCGAUCGGUGACCAAGAAAACGGUGAAGUCAAUGAUAAACCAUCAUCACCACAGCAACCACAUCAUCCCCAACGACAUUGUACGCUAAUGUAAUGAAAUAAUAUUUAGAGUAGUUCAUGCCAACUGUAUACCCCAUCCAUCACAAAAAUU